CCUUCCGUAUUGCUCCUUUUGAAUCUGUGUUUCUCCGAGUCCCUUCUUUUUCUUUAUAUCUGAACCGUGAAUAGGCACUGCGCUUUCCUCAUAACGAAGAAUGGACACUUCUCACCCCUGGCUCGCCUUCUCCCUCUCCCAACACCCUGCUCUCUUCCAAGCUUUCUCUGCCUCUGCUCUCCAUGGUGGAGACGAGGGUGGCAACGACUGUGUGGACAUGAAGACUGUGGCGGCGGAGGCGCCGAAGCUGGAGGAGUUCCUCAGCAGCCCCGGAGAUCAUCCACUUGGAGAACAAUUUGAUGGCGGUUAUGACUCGGACUUGAGGAGCAUCGCCGCUGGAAUCCUACGGGCUUCUCCAGCAGAGCAGCCAGAGUCCACCUCCUUAGCCGUGGCGGACCCGAAGAAGGUGAUGGACACGUUGGGCCAAAGGACGUCCAUCUACCGUGGCGUCACGAGGCAUAGGUGGACGGGGAGGUACGAAGCUCACCUGUGGGACAACAGCUGCCGCCGGGAAGGUCAAAGCCGGAAAGGCCGUCAAGUCUACCUCGGAGGGUAUGACAAGGAGGAGAAGGCGGCCAGGGCGUACGACUUGGCGGCGCUCAAAUACUGGGGUCCCAACACCACCACCAACUUCCCGGUGUCGGACUACGAGGAGGAGUUGCAGGAGAUGAAGAACAUGACGCGACAGGAGUUCGUUGCGGCACUCAGAAGGAGGAGUAGUGGCUUCUCCAGAGGAGCCUCCAUGUACAGAGGAGUCACCAGACACCAUCAACACGGGCGAUGGCAGGCGAGGAUAGGGCGAGUCGCAGGCAACAAAGACCUGUAUCUCGGAACUUUUAGCACGCAGGAGGAAGCGGCAGAGGCCUACGACAUAGCGGCGAUCAAGUUCCGGGGGCUCAACGCGGUGACCAACUUCGACAUGAGCCGCUACGACGUGGAGCGCAUCCUCAACAGCGACCUUCCGGUGGGCGGGGCGUCGAGCAAGGCCUCGAGGGUUCCGGAGCCGCCGUCGCCGGCGUCCUACUGUCCCGGAUCACAACCCUUGGCGUUGGUGCAACACCAAGAAUUCCUGCCCCUGCUUGCCCUGGAUCAGCAGCAGCAGCACCAGCGGAGCCAUCCGCCGUCAGUGUUUGAAUCGUUCAGAUCCGGCAGUACUGUGGACUUCGCUGCUGCUGGCAGCGGCGUGGGUCAAGCGAGGGGUGGUAGCAGUCAGCAUCAGGAGCAUGGUCGCGCUUAUUUUCCUUGUGCUGCGCCCACCGGGACACCAGCAGCGGACUCCUACUACUACCACCAGGACGCAAAGCAUGGUGUGGCAGCCUUGCAUGCUCCUCUUCAUGGAACGGAAUGAUGGAGGGGAACA